UUGUAUUUUGAAAUGAGACCAGAAUGGAUGUUGACUGAUCGUGUCGCGAGCUUGAUGGUGAUGCGCAGCUGGUGAAGCUCGAGAGCAGAAAGGCGUUUGAUCAAAAUCAAAGAACGCAAAUCAUCAAAAGCCGUUCCGUGCCGACUACUAGCAGGCCCCUAACCAUGGCCCCCUCCCUCCUCUCAUUGGUCGGCCUCCUCCUCCUGAGUCUGUGCUCUUCUGAGGCCGACGUUCUGACCGAUAGCAACGCAGACUUUUCUGCCCGGUUGUAUCACGUCGUCUCCAGCCGCACCGACGACAACAUCUUCCUGUCCACGUUCACUCUGACCAACGGGUUGCUGGCGCUGGUGAGCGGCACCAACGGGCCGACCAAGGACCAGCUGCUGCAGGCGCUCAGCUUGACGGGAUUGGACUCCCAGGCCCUCCCAGAUCUGUUCCAGACCCUGAGGACUUUGGUCCUUGCCACCAGCCUGAAGCAGGGUGUGGCUGUACUCCCAGCUGUAGGCUUCCAGCUGUCCGCCUCCUAUCUGGACCUGGUUCAGUCAAAGUUUGGGGGAAAUGCUGUGAAUGUGGCUUACACAGUGCCGCAGGAAGCCACCGACACCAUCAAUCAAUGGGCACAGGACCAGACAGGGGACCAGGACCAGGAUCUGAUGACCAACUGGGACCCAAACACACAACUGCUGCUCGCCACCAUCGGCUCCUUCAAAGCCCAGUUCACGCCCUCCUUCAACGCGUCCCUCACUCAAGACGAGCGCUUCUACGUGGACAACUAUCACGUUGUCAUGGUUCCCAUGAUGCUCAGGGCCGACAAGUUCUUCCUGGCGUACGACCCCUCUGUAAAGGUCGGCGUGUUGAAGCUGCCAAUGGCUGGGGAGGCGGCCAUGUUGGUUCUGUUGCCCGAUGAAGGUGUGGACAUCUCCACCGUGGAAGAAGAAAUUACUGGAAAUAAGAUCCAGAGCUGGAUAAGAAAGCUAAAGAAGACGAAGUUGGAGGUGCAGCUCCCUCGCUUCCUGUUGGAGCGUUCUUACUUUCUGCGUGACGUCCUGCAGACUCUCGACAUCACACGAGUGUUUCAAGACGACGCUGACCUCAGCACCAUCGGAGGGGGGGCGGGACUAAAGCUCACACAGGUUUUCCAUAAAUCUGUCCUGUCUGUGGACGAGAGCAGUGAUGACAUCACAGCUGAAGGCGGAGCUAGCAGCUCCUCCUCUCUUCCUCCUCGUCUGACCGUCAACAGACCGUUCGUCUUCGUCAUCUAUCAGGAGACGAGUGGCGCCGUGCUGUCAAUGGGUCGCGUCGUCAACCCAUCUAGGAAGUAGAUCCCCAGUCAUGUCCAAGGUUCACCAACCUAAGGCUGGAGGCCCAACUAAGGGUUACUAGAGUUAUUAUAGGCUCUCAAAAGUACAUUUAUGUUUUAAGCUAUGUUACAGUUUUGUCUGAAAUCUUGAUCAUCAGGAUGCUUUUACAUUAUUGAUGUCCUGAGAAGCAUGAGAUUAUUAAUGUCCUAAGUAGGUCUGGUUGAAUUCAGACUGAGACACUAAAGACAUUCAAUAUUAAACAUUAAACAUAAAGUUCUGCAUUAAGUGUGCAGAUGUUACUUGAUGGUCGAUGUGACCUGAAGGAGGAAGCUGUUAAUCUUUUUUGUCGAAUUUUUUGAGCUUGAGCUACCUCUACUCCUAUCAUUAUUACUACUCGUAAUAGUACUAUUACUAAAACUAGUUUUAGCUCUAGUGGCUCUAACCCUACUCAUAGUAUUGAUAGUAUUAGUAAUAGCUCUGAUACUACUAGAACUGGUAUUAAUACUAGUACUAAUAUCAGGAGUAGUAAAACAAUAGCCUUCAACAGUUGGUAGACAAUGAUACGUACAUCUAAUUGUUGAUUGAGUGAAGUGUUGAGUGUCCAGAUAUAAACGUGGAUGUGGAGGAAAAACUUAACAUGUAACACUACUACUCCUGUUACUAGUACAAUUAUUACUAAUAACUGAUAUUAGUGCUAGUAUCAGCUUCAGUAGCUCUAAUACCAGGAGUAGUGGUGGUCACAAAGCUACAACGUAAAGGAGCAAAUCAGAGGCACUAGUAAACAAGGUCACUGGUUGUGUGGAACACAGAGUUCUGACACACACAAUACGUGUUUAAAGGUUCAAUUUGUUAUAAAUAUUAAGACACAAAAGUUACUGAUAGAAUUGAUAGCACAUAAAGACUAAUGACUCAUGACUUCAUUCUCAGAUGGACUGUGUUUAGUUGGCAUGAUGAGUGCUAUCGUAGCAUUUGAACCUUUUGCAUGUCUGAAAACUUCCUGUACUUAUUUAAAGCCACUUGAAAUAUUAAAUAUUAAAAGGAA